UUCGUUCUGUGUUUUUGUGCGCGAGCAAUGUGGUGGAAAUAAUCGAAAAUCGAAAGAAACAAUUUGAGAACUUUUAAUUUGAAAAAGCAAUCCAGAGUAUAUAAAGCAACAAAAUGCAUACCGUGGAAGACAUGUUGGUGGAAAAAAACUACAGCAAGUGUCCUUUGAAGAAGCGGCCCGUGAACUACCAGUUCGAGGCGUCCGCCCAGACCCCCGUCAAUGAGCCCCAGGAUCUUUGCCUUAAGAAAACAGAGUCGGACGAGCUGGAGGUGGAGGCAGACCCUGCGACGGUCUCCGCCUCGGAGGAGGUGAUCAACGUGAGCGACUGCUGCGACGACGAGGGCGUGGACGUGGACCACACCGAUGACGAGCACAUGGACUUGGAGGAGGAGGACGACGUGACCGUGGACUGUGUGGACGUGGACACUGAUCCGAACCAGACACAGGCCGCCGCCCUGGCCGCAGCCGCAGCCGUGGCCGCCGCAUCUGCUGCCGCUGCAGCCGUGGUCGUGCCCACACCCACGUAUCCCAAGUAUGGCCUACAGCCAUGGAACUUCCACAUGUCCCCGUACACGGCCGAGUUCUACCGCACCAUCAACCAGCCGCACCUGGCCGCCGUGGCAGCCUCCGCCGCCCAGCAGCAGAUAUCGCCUCUGCGAGGCGACCUACUGGCCCCCAGCUCCCCCUCGGACUCUCUGGGCUCGCUGUCGCCACCGCCGCACCACUACCUGCACGGCCGGGCCAGCUCGGUGUCGCCCCCGAUGCGUUCCGAGAUCAUCCACAGGCCCAUCGGAGUGCGCCAGCAGCACCGGUUCCUGCCAUAUCCGCCGCUGCCAGCCGCCGCCUACCACCAACAGACGCCGUACCCCGCGCUGGGCUACCACCACCACGCACCCAUUUCGCCGGCCUACUCGGAGAGCUCCUACUACUCCAUGCGCUCCAUGACGCCCGAGUCCAGCUGCUCCUCGGUGCCCGAGGACCUCUCGCUCAAGCACAAGCCGAUCGGUCAGGAGGCCGCCAGCAGCAUCAAGGCGGGAGCAGGCCCCUCCACGAGUGGAUCCGCCAGCAGCUCCGCCUCGCCGAGCCCCGCUAAGAAGGACAAGUCGCCACCACGCUACCAGUGCCCCGACUGCCAGAAGUCCUACUCGACCUUCUCCGGGCUCACGAAGCACCAGCAGUUCCACUGUCCCGCGGCCGAGGGCAACCAGGUGAAGAAGUCCUUCAGCUGCAAGGACUGCGACAAGACGUACGUCUCGCUGGGCGCCCUCAAGAUGCACAUCCGCACCCACACGCUGCCCUGCAAGUGCAACAUGUGCGGCAAGGCCUUCUCGCGCCCCUGGCUGCUGCAGGGCCACAUCCGCACCCACACCGGGGAGAAGCCGUUCAGCUGCCAGCACUGCCACCGCGCGUUCGCCGACCGCUCCAACCUGCGGGCCCACCUGCAGACGCACUCGGACAUCAAGAAGUACUCGUGCAGCAGCUGCUCCAAGACCUUCUCGCGCAUGUCCCUGCUGACGAAGCACUCCGAGGGCGGCUGUCCGGGCGGCAGCAGUCCCAGCUCCAAUGCCGGCUCCACCAGCGAGCUGUCCUACGCCGGCUACGCCGAGCCCUAGGAUCACCCGCGGGAUCUUCUUUUGAUCCACACAUUGUAUUCAAGCCAUGUUCCACCAAAAAUUAGUUCCUAGCUCGUUUAAGAGACCGGCAGCUCCAAGUUCCCAAAUGAAAUGAACAACCGAACUCGAACUCUUACUUAACCCAGACACUCCCAGUGCACAGUGCCACAAAAAACUAUGUAGACACGCUGAAUUCAAUACGUUUUUAUUUUGAUUUGGUUAUUUUUGAUUAUUUUCUAGUCAGCAUUUUCUUUGCAAGAGAAAAUUAAAACGGAAGUUCAUUUGAUUUUACUUUUAAAUUUCGUCUCCGCAUUGAAUUUCAUUACUAUUUCAUACACAAACUCCUAAGCCGAACUUUGUAAAGUAUUCUUCAGAUAUCCUGUAUAUGUACACGUACCACGUAAGGUGUAUUACGCCCCAGCGUCUAACUGUAGAUCCUAAGCUGAAGACCCAGACAAUCUUAUGUAACUUUAGAUGUACGAUAUCCCAGUUGAACGAAGACAUACCCUAUACUGAUGUAUGUAUGCUUCUAUCCCUAUAUACAAUACCAUAGUACGAGUAUUUUUAGCCUAGCUGUAGAUCGUAAACUAUUUUUGAUAUGACCGACCACAACUUUUACGUAUACAUUGAAAAUGUUCUACUUUACGCGUAGUUUAAGUGAGGAUACAAAAGCUAAUGGAAUAUUUUGA